CUUUUUGAAUAUUCUGUGACUUGAAAAGAAUGUUAUAUUUGCAAAUGGAAUGAAUUUGCAGUUUUUUCCACCCAAGGAGGUCUGUGUCCUUGAACAUAAAAUACAAAUAACCCCUGUGCUGUUAAUUAUUGGCAAAUCAUCCCACUUGCAACCUAAGGAAAUGAAGUUACAGGUAUAAUAACAAAAGUUACUAGUUAACAGACACUGGUUGAGAAGGGUAUAAAAGAAUUUCAAUGUGAUUGUUCCAUAUUCUGCUCCCACCAUUGCCAACAAGAAAGUGACCAGCAACCAUGAAGUGGGUGGUAGCAAUUUUUCUAAUUUUUGUACCAAAUUUUACUGACUCUAGAACACUGCAUAAAAAUGCAUAUGGAGUAGCUUCACUAUUGAAUUCUUCCAUAUGUUCUUCAGAGAUGAAUUUAGUUGACCUAGCUACCACAUUCUUUGCCCAGUUUGUUCAAGAGGCCACUUAUCAGGAAGUAAACAAAAUGGCAAAAGACACACUGACAGUGACUGAGAAGCCUGCUGGCAAUGAGCAGCAUGCUGGGUGCUCAGAAAACCAGCUAUCUGCUUUUCUGGAAGAAAUUUGCCAUGAGAAAGAAAUUUGUGAAAAGUAUGGACUUUCAGACUGCUGCAGCCAAAGAGAGGAGGAAAGACAUAACUGCUUACUAGCACGCAAAAAGGCUGCUCCAGCAUCCAUUCCACCCUUCCAGUUUCCAGAACCUGUCACGAGUUGUAAAGCAUAUGAAGAAAACCGGGAGAUGUUCAUGAACCAAUACAUCUAUGAGAUAGCAAGAAGGCACCCUUUCCUAUAUGCACCUACAGUUCUUUUUUUGGCUUCUCGCUAUGACAAAAUAAUUCCUCUCUGCUGCAAAGCUGAAAAUGCUACUGAAUGCUUCCAAACAAAGGGAGCAUCUAUUACAAAACAAUUAGGAGAAAGCAGCUCGUUAAAUCAGCAUGUUUGUGCACUAAUGAGAAGUUUUGGGCUCCGGAACGUCCAAGCCAUAAUUUUUACUAAAAUGAGUCAAAAGUUUCCCAGAGCAAAUUUUACUGAAAUUCAGAAGAUGACCCUGGACUCGGCCCACAUACACGAGGAAUGCUGCAGAGGAAGCGUGCUCGAGUGUCUGCAUGAUGGGGUGAAGAUUAUGUCCUACAUAUGUUCUCAGCAAGAUGCUCUGUCGAGCAAAAUAGCAGAAUGCUGUAAAUUGCCCACACUCGAGCUUGCUCACUGCAUAAUUCAAGCAGAAAAUGAUGACAAACCCGAGGGCUUAUCUCCAAAUAUAAACAGGUUUUUAGGAGAUAGAGAUUUCAACCAGUUUUCUUCAUUGGAAAAAGAUAUCUUCUUGGCAAGUUUUACUUAUGAAUAUGCAAGAAGACAUCCUGAGCUUGCCGUCCCAGUCGUUCUAAGGGUGGUUAAAGGAUACCAGGAAUUAUCUGAGAAGUGCUCCCAGUCUGAAAACCGUCUUGAAUGCCAGGAUAAAGGGGAAGAAGAAUUAGAGAAAUACAUCCAGGAGAGCCAGGCACUGGCAAAGCGAAGCUGUGGCCUCUUCCAGAAAUUAGGAGAAUAUUACUUACAAAAUGCGUUUCUUGUUGCUUACACGAAGAAAGCCCCUCAGCUGACCACACCGGAGCUGAUCGCCAUCACCAGGAAAAUGGCUGCCACAGGAGCCACCUGCUGCCAUCUCAGUGAGGACAAGCAAUUGGCCUGUGGUGAGAACGCAGCUGACCUUAUUAUUGGACAGUUAUGUAUCAGGCAUGAGGAGACCCCUGUAAACCCUGGUGUUGGCCACUGCUGUAAUUCUUCAUAUGCCAACAGGAGGCCAUGCUUCAGCAACUUGCUGGUGGAUGAAACAUAUGUCCCUCCGGCAUUCUCUGCUGCCAAGUUCCUCUUCCAUAAGGAUCUGUGCCAAGCUCAGGGCGUAGCGCUGCAAUCCAUGAAGCAAGAGUUUCUCAUUAACCUUGUGAAGCAAAAGCUACAGAUAACAGAAGAACAACUUGAGGCAGUCAUUGCAGAUUUCUCUGGCCUGUUGGAGACAUGCUGCCAAGGCCAGGAGCAGGAAGUCUGCUUGGCAGAAGAGGGUCCAAAACUGAUUUCAAAAACCCGUGCUGCCCUGGGAGUUUAAACUACUUCAGGAGGAAGAGAAGAAACCAAAAUGACUCUUGAUUGUUGAGUUGGAAAUUUUCCUUUAAUUACAACUGACUUAGUACUUUCUAGUAAAUUGAUAAAAUGAUGUUUUUUAUGUGACAUUUCCCCAUUAUAGAAAUAAAGAAUCUACAAAUAUCUCCUUU